GUGCGUCACGGGCCCGCGCACCGCCCCGCGCGUCACCGAGCGCUUAAGAGAAAGUAGUGGCGGGGCCCGAGCCCGGCGGAGCAACCGGCAGCGGCAGCAGAACGGGACCGGAGCGCCGCGCCCCGGCACCCCGGAGAUGCCCUGCAUCCAGGCGCAGUAUGGCACGGCCGGCUCUGGCCCCUGCGAGCGCUGCCCCAGCGAGCUGCUGAGCCCCGACGGUGGCCGCUUCCCCAUGGAGGUGGCCGGUGCCGACCUGGCGGCUGCUCCAGCCCUGCCCAGCUUCAGCACCUUCAUGGAGAGCUACGCCGGGGAGUUCGACGCCUUCCUCUACCAGCUGCCGGCCAGCAGCCAGCCCGCCGCCUUCAAGCUGGAGGACUUCCAGGUGUACGGCUGCUACCCCGGCGCCUUCGGGCAGCCCGAGGAGACCCUCUCCUCCAGCGGGUCGGACUGUUACGGCAGCCCCUGUUCCGUCCCCUCGCCGGCCACUCCGGGCUUCCAGGCGCCCCAAAUGCCAGGCUGGGAGGGCUCCUUCGGGGCGUACUCGCCGCCGCCGAGCUACGAGGGCGGGCGGCCCUGGGCUGAGCCAGCAAAGGGGGGCGCGGCGCAGCCCCCCUUCUUCGCCUUCGGGCCCCCGGCCCCCAGCCCCGGUGGCUCCCCCGGGCCCCUGAAGGACCCGCGCCUGCUGGACACGGACGCCUUCGCGCUGCCCCAGGGCUCCCCGGGGGCUUUCUCCGGGUUGCCUCUGGCCCCCGCCUCGCCGCUGCUGGAGGGGCCCACGCUGGCCCCCGCCAAGACGCGCAGCCCCGGGGCGGGCGAGGGACGCUGCGCUGUCUGCGGGGACAACGCCUCCUGCCAGCACUACGGCGUGCGCACCUGCGAGGGCUGCAAGGGUUUCUUCAAGCGCACGGUGCAGAAGAACGCCAAGUACAUCUGCCUGGCCAACAAGGACUGCCCCGUGGACAAGAGGCGGAGGAACCGCUGCCAGUUCUGCCGCUUCCAGAAGUGCCUGGCCGUGGGCAUGGUCAAAGAAGUGGUCCGGACCGACAGCCUGAAGGGUCGCCGUGGCCGCCUGCCCUCCAAGCCCAAGCAGCCUCCGGACGCGUCCCCCGUCAGCCUCAUCACCUCCCUGGUGCGGGCACACAUCGACUCCGUCCCCAGCGCCACCAAGCUCGACUACUCCAAGUUCCAGGAGGCGGCGCCGUGCCAGUUCGAGAAGGAGGACUCGGUGGACGUGCAGCAAUUCUACGACCUCCUCACCGGCUCCAUGGACGUCAUCCGCAAGUGGGCUGAGAAGAUCCAGGGCUUCGCCGAGCUGCCCAAGGAGGACCAGGACCUGCUGCUGGAGUCGGCUUUCCUGGAGCUCUUCAUCCUGCGCCUGGCGUACCGCUCCAGGCCGGAGGAAGGCAAACUCAUCUUCUGCAACGGCGUGGUGCUGCACCGGCUGCAGUGCGUGCGGGGCUUCGGCGAGUGGAUCGACGCCAUCCUCGAGUUUUCCCAGAGCCUGCACCGCAUGAGCGUGGACGUGCCCUCCUUCUCCUGCCUCGCCGCCCUCGUCAUCAUCACAGAUCGCCACGGGCUGAAGGAGCCGAAACGGGUGGAGGAGCUGCAGAACCGCAUCGUGGGCUGCCUCAAGGACCACGUGGCGGCGGGCGAGCCGGGUCGGCCCGGCUGCCUCUCCAAGCUGCUGGGCAAACUGCCCGAGCUGCGCACCCUCUGCACCCAGGGGCUGCAGCGCAUCUUCUACCUGAAGCUGGAGGACCUGGUGCCGCCGCCGCCCAUCGUCGACAAGAUCUUCAUGGACACGCUGCCCUUCUGAGCGCCCCCAGGGGCUCACACACCCCCCACCCCGUCCACCCCUCACCCCGGGGAUUGCCCGGGUUCUCCCCCGCCUACCGAGGGUGUCCAGGGUCCCCCCCUGGGGAUGUCCAGGUCCCCCCUUGGGGACGCCCGGGUCCCCCCCUUGUGCCUUCACGGCGCCGGCAGCGUGAGGCCAGCCGGCGCGGUGCCCCCUCCUCCCUGUACAAACGCCCGCGUUGUAAAUACCGAGAGGCCGGAUCCUGUACAGAGCAGGGGGUGCAGGGAGGGGGGGCUUGCACCGGACCCCCCCAGCCUCCGCCUGCUCCCCCUUUUUUUUUUUUUUUUCUCGUUUCUUUUGGCCUUUUUCUGUAUAUAAACUUGUACGUACAAUCUCA